AGAGUUGAAUACUUUUUGACCUUUGAAUACUCUCUGAUGGAAAUAAAAAAAAGUUCUAUUGUGUAUAUCUUGUCUCAUUACACGAAUAAGUUAGGUAACAUGCUUUGAUUUUUUUCAGAAUGGCUGGGAGUGGGAAAACAACCUUUGUAAGUACUUUAUAUCAGCAUCUGGUACAAAAACUCAACAAAAAGGUUUAUACAAUAAAUUUGGAUCCUGCAGUCCUUAGUUGCCCUUAUCCAGUAAAUAUCAAUAUUAAGAGCACAUUAGAUUAUAAGAGAAUCAUGAAAGAUUAUGGUUUAGGACCAAAUGGAGCAAUUAUGACAUGUUUAAGCCUAUUUUCAGUACGUUUUGAUCAGGUUCUAGAUAUCCUAGAAAAGAAGAGAAACAUCGUAGAUUAUAUUUUAGUAGAUACACCUGGUCAAAUAGAAGUCUUUAAUUGGUCUGCAAGUGGAUCCAUAAUUUUGGAUGGUCUGUCAUUAUCUUUCCCUACUACUGUAACUUACAUAAUAGAUACAGUCCGUUCCCAAAAACCGGUAACAUUUAUGUCCAAUAUGUUAUAUGCUUGCAGUGUUAUGUACCGGUGUAAACUCCCAUUUACGGCUGUAUUUAAUAAGACUGAUGUUGUAGAUUUUGAUGAAUGUGCAAAGUGGAUGGAGGACUAUGAUUCAUUUUCUCAGGCAGUACUAUUAAAUGACGACACUUAUAUGGCUAGUCUAAGUAGAUCUUGUGCUUUAGCUUUAGCUGAGUUUUAUAGAGAUUUGAGGUCAGUGGGGAUAUCUUCAGCUUUGGGAAGUGGGUUUCCAGAAUAUUUAGAGAAAUUAGAGGAUGCAGAACAUGAAUUUAAUACAGAAUAUAAGGCGUGGAUAGAGGAGAGGAGACAAAUCAUACAGGAAAAACGCAAUAUGGAAACUGAAAAACAAUGGAAUGAAAUAAGCAAAGAUCUAUUACCAAAGAGAGAUUCUUCAAAUUUACCCUGUAUACCAGAUCACUUAGUAGAAAAUAAUCAAAGUGAAUUAGAUGAGGAAUAUGAAGAUCAAGAAGUUCGGCUAAACCUACCUAGUCGUUUCUUGUAGUAUAGAUUGGAGAUAUUAGGCACAUUUAAAU